AUGUUCAAAAACUCCGCAGCAUGGCUCAUUGAGAACAAGGCUCGUCCUCUGCAAGUCAAAUCAGCUGCGUACACCAGGCCGCGCGAAGGCGAAAUCGUGAUCCGCAAUUACGCCACAGCCAUCAAUCCAAUCGACUGGAGGAUACAAGACAUGGGAACAUCGAUGAUGUACAAAUGGAUCAAAUACCCGUGUAUUCUUGGGUCUGAUGUGGCGGGCGAGGUGGUCGAGGUUGGUCCCCAAGUAACACGAUUCAAAGUGGGAGACCGCGUGGUCGGUCAAGCGGUUGGGAAGGAUGAGAAACGCAAUCGGGAUGCCGAGUGCGCUUUCCAGCUCUACGUGGUUCUAUUGGAGCACAUGGUUUCGCCAAUCCCGGAGUCAUUGCCGUAUGAAAACGCGGCCGUGAUUCCUCUGGCCGUGGCCACGGCGGCCUGCGGCCUCUUCCAGGCGGACCAGCUUGGACUUCAGCUCCCCUCGACAAGUCCCAAGCCUAAGGGUGAAACUCUGCUAAUCUGGGGCGGUUCCACCAGCGUGGGUAGUUGUGCUAUUCAGCUCGCUGUGGGUGCCGGCUACGAAGUCUUUGCCACGGCAUCGCCUAAGAAUUUCGAUUACGUCAAAAAGCUUGGGGCAGCAAAAGUGUUCGACUACAAUAAUAGAACUGUCGUGGAUGAAAUUGUGAAGGCCUUUAAGGGGAAGACAUCGGCUGGCGCAAUUACGAUGGCUUCGGCGGGCACAGAGUGUUGCAUGGAUAUUCUCAACCGCUGCAGCGGAAAGAAAUUCGUUUCCUUGGCCGCCUAUCCAGUUCCUGCGACUAUUCCCAAGCAUUUCCCAGUCCUGCAAACCAUGUUUACAUUCAUCACCCGGAGUUUCGUCUAUUGGUUCAAGUCCAAAACCCUGGGUGUCAACUAUAACCUUAUCUUCGCCACAAGUCUGAUUGAGAAUGGGAUCGGCAAGUCGAUCUUCGCGGAUUAUCUUCCUCAGGCACUGGAAACCGGCAGAUUCCAGGCGUCUCCAGAGCCAAUCGUGGCCGGUACUGGACUGGAGGGUAUUCAAGAUGCCAUGGACUAUCAAAAGACUGGGGUUUCUGCAAGGAAGGUGGUUGUCUCUCUGAAAGACUGA